UUGACGACGGCGGCGACGUUACUUGGCGGCGGCGGGGGCCGGUGGCGGAGGCGGCGGGUCGGCCAUGCUGCUCACCGUGUUCUGCCUGCGCCGCGACCGCAGCGAGCUCACCUUCUCCCUCCAGGUGGACGCCGACUUCGAACUCCAAAACUUCCGGGCUCUCUGCGAACUGGAGUCCGGUAUCCCGGCGGCCGAGAGCCAGAUCGUCUAUGCGGAGCAGCCUCUGACUGACAACAACAGAUCUUUGGCCUCCUAUGGCUUGAAAGAUGGGGACGUGGUGAUUUUGCGACAGAAAGAGACCAUAGAGCCACGGCCCUCCAUCCGUUUCCCAGGUCUGCCGAGGAUAGACUUCAGCAGCAUUGCGGUUCCUGGGACAUCCACUCAGCAGCAUCAGCCACCAGCACAACGUCUUCGCCCAUCACCUCCCGAUGCACCUUCGUUCCCUCAGGGUUUGGACAAUCCGGCGCUGCUACGGGAGAUGUUGCUUGCAAAUCCCCAUGAGCUGUCCCUGCUGAAGGAGCGCAAUCCGCCCUUGGCGGAGGCGUUGCUCAGUGGAGACCUUGAGAAGUUCACCAGGGUAUUGCUGGAGCAACAGCAGGACCGAGCCCGGCGGGAGCAAGAGAGGAUCCGACUCUAUUCAGCUGACCCUUUUGAUCUUGAGGCACAGGCCAAGAUAGAAGAAGAUAUAAGGCAGCAAAACAUUGAAGAAAAUAUGACGAUAGCAAUGGAAGAGGCCCCCGAGAGUUUUGGCCAGGUGGUGAUGCUGUAUAUUAACUGCAAAGUCAACGGACAUCCAGUGAAAGCCUUCGUUGACUCAGGUGCCCAGAUGACCAUCAUGAGCCAAGCUUGUGCUGAAAGGUGCAACAUAAUGAGGCUGGUAGAUCGGCGGUGGGCUGGCAUUGCUAAAGGUGUAGGGACGCAGAAAAUAAUUGGCAGAGUGCACUUAGCUCAGGUCCAGAUUGAAGGGGAUUUCCUGGCGUGCUCCUUCUCAAUCCUUGAAGAGCAGCCCAUGGACAUGCUUCUAGGACUGGAUAUGCUGAAGAGGCAUCAGUGUUCGAUUGAUCUCAAGAAGAAUGUACUAGUGAUCGGCACAACUGGCUCGCAGACCACUUUCCUCCCAGAGGGCGAGCUCCCAGAGUGCGCCCGGCUGGCUUAUGGGGCUGGUCGGGAAGACGUGCGGCCGGAGGAGAUUGCAGACCAGGAACUAGCAGAAGCAAUACAGAAGUCCGUAGAGGAAGCAGAGAAUAGUGACAAAGAAACUACCUCACUGGAAAUGCCCUCGUUACCAGCUUCUGAUGGGUUUGAAAAUCCAGUCCAGUCUUCGGGACUAAAUUCCAAGAUCUGUAAUCCCACAAAUAAAUUACUUGAUCGUUCUGUCUCUGCCCCUGCUUCAAUUUGCUCAUCCGAAUCUAGCCUCGCAGAGCCCAUUGAUCCUAGAGCCGUCAAGUCUUUUGAGUCUUCAACUGAAUGCCGGAUAACCCCAGAAAAAGAACAUCCUCUCUUACUACAGCAUCUUUCCAAUAACGCUUCCUUGGCAAAUAACGACCCUUCUCCCCAGACAGGGGAGGUAACCUGUUGCGAUCCAGCUUGCCUUUCACAGAAGACACUCAAAGAAACAUUUAUUGCUGACAGUCUAAAGGAAUGUAAUGCUAAAGAACAAGACCGUGGUCAGGAACAUCCUUUGGAAGUGACAAAAGAAAAUAGUUUGGCUGACACUGCUGCUAAGCAUGGGCAAAAUAAAGAUGUCUGUCUGUCUUCAGAACAGGAGCAAAAGCAUGAGCUUCCCAUAGACACCCAUCAGACGUGCAAAGAACCAGAGAAGGAACAUCUGGAGAAGCAAACUGAGACAACUGACCCAGAACCUCCUUACCAUGUUGGUGGGGUUGAGAAACCUGUUGUGGAAGAAGCCAGCCAGCUGGAAAAUCCUCCUACAGAAAUGAGAGGAGAUGGACUGGAGAAAGCAGGUCCUUCCGGUGCAAAAGGGAGUAUCCGAAUGUCAGCCUCCUGUAGCCAUAUGCAUGUGGAAGCCUUCAUGGAAAUAGAUGUAGUUGAGCAGUCUGUAGCUGAAGCGCACAGCUCGACGAGCGAGCAGAAGCGACAGGUUGAGAACAGAAGCGUGUCUGACCUGAACUCGGACACUGUCUCUAUGGAAGUGGAGUCGCUGAAGUCUGUAUCCUCCUUGAGUGAUCUGCUUUCCACUGGUGAUCUCCCCCACUCUAAAAGCACUAGUGAAAUUCCUGUAAAGCAUAACGAGUUGUCUGAUUUGGCAGCUGAAGACAGGCCUUCCCCCUCCAGCAUCCAUCAGCCAGACACGGAUCCAGGAAGACCUUCAGAUGAGCCAUGUUUCUCUCUAGCAUCAGCCUUGAAAGAGCUGCACAAGCUCUUGGUUAUCAGUCGGAAAGGAGAAUGUAAAAGCCUUGCCUCUGAAGAAGUCUCUCAGCUGGAAAUGGUUCACAGAGAGCCAGCAGCACAGCAGCAGGGGCUUCCUGACGAUGAGCAGAAAGGCUCAGAUCCAGCCAGCCAGGAACAGAGUUGUUCCUUCUAUGAGAUGAGGUCUGAAGGUGGAAAAGCAGAGGGGAAACAGCCUUGUGAUUCUGGCAUGGAAAACAUCAGCGUUGGGUCCGUCAGACACAUGCAGUCAGCUCUCGCAGAAGGUGUUUUAGAGAUUCAGAAGUUUUCAGGUAAGAGCGAUUUGGUCGUGGUGAAUUCUGCAGCGACAUCUGACCAGCAACAGAGCUCUGAGCAGGCGGAGGUUUUGGCAGAAGGUUAUCGGAGUCCAGCUAGUCCGACUUUGGAGCAAAAUGCAUCUGUUUCCACUAAACCUGCUUUGGAUGAAGGUGCACCUCGAGAUACUCGGAGCAUGCUCGCUGGAGCACCUGGGAGAAGCAGCGGUUCUGCUCCUGAAGGUCCGUGGCCGUUGGGUGGGUGUGAGGAACCACUGCUGAUCCCACUGGCUGGCUCUACUGGACUUACCUCAGGUGCUUCUCCACCACAUGCUUUUCCUGCAGCCGAUGUUGAUCGGAUCCUCGGCGCUGGUUUUACCACACGGGAAGCUCUUGAGGCUUUGGAACGAGCAGAUGGAAAUGCAGAUCUUGCUCUUCUCAUUUUGCUAGCCAAGAGUAUCGUCGUUCCUACGUAACCAUGGAAGAGGUAGCUGACUGGGGUGUCUCUUCUUUCAAAGAACGUAUCUAAAUUAUACACCAUAAUGUACAAGCAGAAUGUUGAGCCAGAUUUUUUAAUUAUUUGCAGCCAAAGUAACUUAUCUCUUCUGUUUCACUCAUUAGGUUUGGCCUUUUAAAAGAAAGAAAGCGUCCUAGCAUUGUGUGGACAGGAUAGCUUUUAAUUAUGCAUAUUGGAUAAAAAUUAAUGGUUUUAUUUAAAUGUACAAUUUUAGAGUAAGCUCCAAUGUUACGAAUAAAAAGCAGAAGCCAUUAAGAUCACCGCCCUGUCCAGCGCAAAGCAGAUUGUGAAGUGAAUUGACCGUGCGUACGUGUGCACAGGACAGGAGGUGCACACUGAGUUCGGUAUGGUGCAGAUGCAAAACGGCGCUUGUCCGAACGGACUUUGUGGAUUUGUUUUAGCUCUCCUGCGCUUUGUAACCCAAUAUCCAUCUGUGACGCUGAUGAAACUAUUAUGGCAGCUACUAAAGGUAUGUAGAUGCCCACAGGCGUGUAACAUUUUACAAGAGGAGCGAGGGGUGGAGGGGGUUUUCGGAAGCGUGCGCUUUUUGUGUGUGCACGGGGAAGGCUGAUGCCUAUUUUUGCCAAACCCUUUUAUGCUCUCGGGCCAGUGCGUUCAAGUUUACAACAUGGGGAUAGAAGAAGGGAAAGGGAUAGAAUUUGGUGCUACCAAACUUAAGAGACGUUUUAACUUAUUUGAAGAUGUGCUGGUAUUAAUUGUUGGGGGGGUUGGGAGGGAGGGGGAAAAAGGAGUAUUUCACUUUUCUUUUUCUAGCCUUGCCCACAUCAUGUUUCCCCCAUACAAAAGAACAAGCUCAACCACUAAGGCAAAACCUUAACGGUGAAAUUGUUGAACAAACCAACCGUGUGUUACGGCUCUUAAUCCCCCUCUGCCCCUGGAAGAAUGAACUGUUUCAGUGGAUGCAUCCUCUACGCACCGAGCGGGGAUGUGAUCAGAAGAAUGAAGAAAUCUGCUUUGCACUAGUUUAUCUCGAUGUUUUGGGGAUGAUCAGCCUCUCGGCUGUGGAAAUGCAAACUGCAGAAAGCCUGUAGCGGCUGGUGGGGUACUAAUUUAAUACCUCUUAAAGAGCGAGGGCUCCCCAAUAGGGUUUAUGAAACAAAUGCACUGACGUGGCUUCUGCAUUAUAACCAUCGUGGCCUUCUGGGAAGUCCCUGGUGAGUAGCCCGCAUGAUGAGGACUCACCGACGCUGUGCUCUAAGAAGCCCUUUCCAGAUGCUUUUUUUUGGCGGGGGGAUGAACUACUUUGUGAUGCUCUGCAGAGCCCCAAAAUGCUGUUGGGGCUGGGGAAGAGGAAGGAAAGCGUGGCUGAAACAUGAUACCAAAUUUAAAGUAGGAACUUUUACUUGGUCCCACUUGCAAAUCUCCAAAGUGGCUUUGUGUCAAGUGUUCAUCUUGAGCUUUCUGCUUUGAGCUAAACCUGAAGUGAUGGGUCAGCAGUGGCUGGAAACAUGUUUUUGUUCAUGGCUUUCAUUUGUUAUCAUUGUCUCAGGCCUGUGUUCCUGGUGUUGUGUUUUCCCUGUUGCUUAGCAGAUUUGCCUACGUGCAUGCUAGGCUUUUUUUCAUGCAGAAUGACAUUUAAAAAGAACACAAAUUGGGUUUCAUCUGUGAACUUGCAGGAGUUUCUGAAGUCAGUGAGUGGUGGUUGUCAGAUUUUUCUUAGAUGCUUGGGCAGCCAGGAGAUCCUUUAGAAAAACUAAGAGCUUUAAGGCAUUCCUCUAUCUGUCAAAUGGAGCUUCUGCAUGAGCUGUGACCGUACCAGCUAGGCCUGAGGCUCCCGGACACAUUUUGCUUGCACCCCACUACUUGUGAUGCCAGCAGCAGGCGUUGCUCCAUGCGUAUGUAGGAAGCAGUGCUUGGCUGUUUGGGGAGCCCUUGGUGGAGCAGCAUCGAGUAAUUCACUUGAGGCUCUGUUUAAAAUUAGUUACUGAGGCAAGACUACAGCUUUAUGAUCUUUACCGUGUGGGUGGUUGGUAUUACCCCUGCUGAAGUUUUUUUAAAUAUUCUCCUUACAAUGAGCACCUCAAAUCAGCAGAAGCCCCAUCUGUAAAGGGUAGUGCUCAGGCUGGUACAGGAGUACAGUGUCAUCAGAUCUCUCUCUAGAAGCCUUAGGAAAUAAGAUAGAUUAGACCCAUUCCCAUCUGCAUCUGGUUUGCUAUCAAAAGCAGCAACAAGAGUGAAGCUCCCAGCUCUCAGAUCCAGAGCCUCCUCCAUCUAAACAGCUGAAUCUGCUCCCGAUUCGCACCACGGGUCUUGGUGAGGUGGUCCUGGGAGCAAGCCCCUGUCCGGUACGCAGAUACCAGCCCUCUUGGAUGCACGAGAGCUGAAUUUGUGCCCUCAGCCAGCAGGUUCAUCUACUGCCAGCUACUUGAAGCACCAGAUGUUAGCCAUUCAAUGUUAUACCCUUUCCGUAUUUACACUUUAUGUUUUUAGAAGCAAUUGCUAAUAGCUAGACGAAGUACCGCUGCUUUGCACCAAACUGGUUAAAGGCUCUAGUUUUAUGGCCACGUUUACUUAGACUGCAUAUACAGAAUUUACGCUAGAAAAGCUUUAGAGCAUCAGCCAACUUGCUUCAAUGCUCAGUUUUAUUGUCAAAUAUAAUUUUUGAAAUCUGCCCUUCUGCCAAAGCUGUACUGAAGCAUUUAUCAAUAGUGCUAGAAUUUCCUGGGUAACUUUCUCUGAACUGCUAGAAACAAAGCCUGACCCCCCCCCCCCAACUGAUAAAUACUUUUAAAACUAAGUUGGUCCAAGCCUGGUGAUUUAAAUCUCUUCAUUUCAGAGCCUUGCCUUGAGUGAAUGGCUACGUGCUGCUAAAUUAGAGAAUGAUGUUUUUAGGAGCAAGAUUUAUGUUGGAGAAAAUCUGGGCAGUCGUGAGUAUUUAAGGUUAAAAUAAAAUGUAAUAGAACACACGUUUAGCAAACACUGUCUAAAAGUUGUCUUGUUUUAAUGUGCCUGUGUGUCCUCUCCGCUGUAUGCACACAUCCUUUAGCAAUCCCUUAACUUGUCUCUGUGCUUACCUGGCCCACAAAGUGGGAAUACUUCUAUUUAGGCAGGGAUGGCAGACUGCCGCAGCUUGUUGGCUAGAGCAGGGGAUAAAGUUAACGCCAAAAGCUGUUCAGGUUUCCAAGGAGCCAUGUACUCCGCCCUAAAAUAAGGCUUUUCACUCUCUUCUCUUCCCCCUCCUCGUUCAUCAGUGCUCUAGUGUACUAAUGUCACAUCAGCUUAGCAAAAUAAUUUCAGUGUGAAAAAUCCAUCUAUAGAGACUAAAGCAACACUUGGAAGCUGCUUCAUAAAGAUGCCAGCGCCUGUGGGGACCCUUGUGGGUCUGUAGAGCUCGUUUCCAGGUGUUUCCUGAAGCCACUGUGGUCACGUACCUUGCUGUUGGUUUCUGAGAUGUAUUCUUUUCCUCAAAGACGCUGAAUGAAUUUAUUUGGCCUCUUGCUGUUUCUGUACGUGAGGCUCUAGGUGAGUUUAGAGGUGAUGUUUAGUGAAAUACCGACAUCUGAAAGUUUCUGGGCACAGAUAAUUCUGACAAGAGGAGGAAAUAUUUCCUGGUGAUGGAAACGUUUACCUGCUGCUGAACAAAGCUGAGCAACGCUGCGUUAUCGUGACAAUCUCUGCCUUGUUGCUACGUAUGUUCAACUUUCUACGUAGACACUUGGUCUCCAGGACUGUUAACCUUGUACCUCCUAGAUAUGUUCCCUUCUUUCUGUCUUUGCCUCUCCCUCUUGCCGUCUCCUUUCCUCAAAAGUAGCAAUAUUUAAGUGUACUUGCCGAAUGCUUAACUUCCAGAUAAGUUUUCUUUAACACACUAUGCCAUUUACAAAUAAAAAGAGGAACAGACCCUAGAGGUUUCUUCACCAGACUUGGACUUCUUGCCAAACGGCUCCCCAGAACUCUUAACAUGAAUUCAAAGAGGAGAAAUCAAGAGGUAUUUUUGCCUGCCUCUCUCAGAAGUCAGCUUGGGAAAUGGGGUUGGUUUCGUGUCCAUCAUUCCCUUCUGAAGCGUUCAAGAGAUUUCUUCCUGCACUGUGUAGACGAGGCUUAGUCCGUGAUCCAAAUGCCUAGCGGUUUGGGUUACUCUUUGACUGAUGCUUUUUAGCUUAAGAGUUUUACAAACUCACUUAAGGAACUUGAGGGAAUCAAUACUCAGGAAUCCUAAAGCUGGUUGCGUUUGUGUCAUUUACUCUUCUGGGCUGAACAUACCGCGGUUGUCCUCGCGGGUGGCUGAAGGGAGGAGUGGUGGUGGAGUCAUCAGAGAAUGAGAUGUGGUUCUGCCCAAAGUAAUACACACUUGAUUCUUUAUUUUUGAUUUUUGGGUGUUGUUUUUUUUUAAUAUUGGGGGACUGUUUAUCAAGAAAAUUGAUGUGUAAAAAAAAAAAAUUUGAUAUUUAAAAAAUGAAUAAACACUUUAUCAUAAUGUUG